UUAUAAUUAGUUUAAAAGGUGGUUUUUAAUCGGUUCGAGUGCGCGACCGUCUCUGUCCACGGAGCUCGGAGUGUCGUCCCGUUAAAAUCGCCGAGUGUUUCUGUUGCACUAAAUGAUUGUGUGGAUGUGCAUGAAUCGUGUCAAGAUGGUUGCAAUGCGAAUAUUUUUCGCGUAGGCCUACGACUCGACCGACCUCGGCCCCCAGUCGCGCAUUAACGUAUGAAAUCGCGGUUUUCGACAUUAUUUCGACCCGUUUCCACAGUUUCGCGACUUUCUGUAUUGAUAUCGCCUCGGUUAACCAUUAUUCGUACGACCUUGUCCGGGGAAUUUACACCCAGUGGUCAUUACGUAUUUUGUUAUUAUUAAAUAUGCGACCGUUCCGUUAUUCAGCACGUUUUCUAUUUUUCUCAACGUAUCGUACGAGUUUGGAUUCGAUUUAGACUUUCGCCUUCGUAAGUCGUUUUUACAAGAGAAAAUAGGACACGAUUCGUGUUAGAGGUCAUUCUAGAAAUGCAUAAUUUCAAGUUAGGGUAAUACAUCUCAAGGUACCCUGGAAUGGACCCACAGCAGCAGUUUUGUCUAAAGUGGAAUAGUUUUGGGAGUAAUUUAGUCACUACCUUUGACAGUUUAUUCAAAUCUGAAAGCCUCACAGAUGUUACACUAUUUUGCGAAGGAGUGACGUUCAAAGCACACAAACUCAUAUUAGCGGCAUGUAGUAAACAUUUUCAAGACUUGUUUGAAGCAGCUCCACACUGUCCCAGUGUUCUAGUGAUACUCGAUGGAACCUCUUCAAGCAAUAUGUCAGCUCUCCUUGAAUUCAUGUACAAAGGAGAAGUACAUGUAUCACACGAAAGCUUAUCAAGCUUUCUCAAGGCAGCUGAAUGUUUGCAAGUAAAAGGGCUGUCGAUAGAACACGAGAAAUUGGCAGCAGCUCAAACACAAGCCGCAAAUAAUGAACUCCCAGGAAGCGAAUCACCGAGGGGUGGGAAGUCAAAGUGCAGUAUGACACUCACGAGCAACGGGUCAAUGAAGGAUGGUGUGUCCGAGCGAGAAAAUAGCGGAGAAAUGCUCCCUCCAUCGACAUCCUCUCCUUACACUCCCCCUGUCCUUUCCCCGUACAUGCACCACUACAUGGUGGCGGCAUACGAGCAGCGAGUGCCAGCGUCAAGCUAUGACAAUCUUCCCAGAAAGAGACAUCACAGAUCGCCUAGCGAUCCAAUGAGGAAUUCAUCGAUGAGAGCUUCUGUGCUGAGAGACGGGAGCAAACCCGAAAGAGAAUCGCCCCUGUCGCUCGCUUACCACCAAGCCGCUUCUCCCCAGCCACCCCCUUACCAAUCCCCAAGAUACGAAACUACUACAUCAUCCGACACACCCGCUUCUGCACCGACUCCCACUCCAGUCAGUUCGGUGCCUUUUGACAGAUCUGCUGCUGUGGAAUCAGAUACACCGCCUGAUCUGUGGCGAUCCUCCAGUUGUCCUGAAGAUUUAAGUGUAAAAGUGGAGCCGCCAGGAAGUGAGAGAGUUAUAAAGAAUGAAUGGGGCUAUACAGAGACUAACACACAACAAGAAUGUCAACCUCCGGAUAUAAUGUCUUCGAACGUUUGGAACUGUUCGUCCAGUACAAAACUCUCAACUGCUCACAAAGGAGCACCAACGGCUACGACUCCUGAUGGUAAGAAACUACAAUGUCCAUUCUGUGAACGACUUUACGGGUAUGAAACAAAUUUACGGGCACACAUACGGCAACGGCAUCAAGGGAUUAGAGUUCCAUGUCCAUUCUGCUCACGCACAUUCACAAGAAACAACACGGUGAGGCGUCAUAUAGCGCGUGAGCACAAGACAGAACUUAGUCUCAAGGCUCUCCAGUCAGCUCAGGUACAAAACCACAACCAGUAGUCCCAACGGACGGACCACAAACCUCAACACAUAUACCUCAUUUGAUCUUUUUCUUUUUUAAUUGAUUUUAUUUUGAAAUAAGCAUUAUAAUAGUAAGUAGAAAUAGGUAUUAUUGAAAUAUUAUUAUAAACACAAAACAUAUUAUACAAAUUAUUAUAAACCAUUGUUAUAAGAGAAAUUUACAAAGGGUUUUAUCUAUGCGUUGUCAGCGUACCAGACAAUUUAUUUGUUCCACAUUACUGGGAACUGUUAGAUAUGGCAAGGCACGUUGUGACGUUGUGAUGAUGAUAGGUCUGAUUUGUGUGCCUUGUCGUUAGAUCCCUUCUACGUAACACAUUCACAGCUAUAUUUUUCUUUUUCUAGAAGAACUAGUCAUUCGAGUGCAACUCAACAAAAUUUUCUUUAUGAUUUUUCUUUUUAAUUUCUUAAUUUUUUUUUUUUUUUUGUGUUAGCAGAGUUGUCUCUGUUUGCACUGUAUACUACUCAGGAAUUUUACGCUAUGAGAAAAGCCCCCUCUGAGAAUGCAGCCCACUAUUACUAAGCUCUUGUGCCAAAAUUGAAAAGGAAAUAAUUAAAAUAAACCUGUGUAUCAAAACAAACUAAUUGAAUCAGGCAUUAUUUUUUGGUCUAUGUUUAUAGUAAAUGCUUUCGAGCCUAUGGGGGAAGGCUUAACAUAUUUUUAACAGCAUUUACUAUUUGCUCCUAGUCAGUUAAAUCCUAGUGUUUAGGUUGUUUCUAAUCCGUUCUUACAGUUUUAUUGUCGUUCACUAAGGUUCAGCAGUAUUUUUACAUGUUGUUGUUCGACCUCAGAUCUGAAACAUCACCCUUUUGCCUUUGUAUGGUUAUGUUGUCGUUUGCAUUUUUUUUUAAAUUCUCCUUCCUCGAUAACUGUACAGUCUUUAUGUGUAAAUAAUAUUAUAUACGUUGUUUCAUACAACUUACCUCAGGUCAUUUAUUUUCAACUAUGUACAGAUUUAUAUAAAUCCUAAUGUUAACAGUUUUUUUAUAUAUAUUUUGCUAUUGAUAUUAUAAUGUGUAUCAUACCAUCGUCACUAUCAGGUUAUUAACAGUUAAAGCAGAUCUACUGCUGUGCAUCUCAGGUAGUUCAUACAGUGUACAAAUCGGGAUAAACUAAUUAAAUAUAUAGAUUUAUAAGCGUAUUUUAUGUUGAUAAUAAUACUUAUAAAUGAACGAAAUAGUUAAAUCAUUAGUUGUGGCUGUACCGUUAAUAAUGUAAUAAUGUUCCCUGCUACUAAUAUAAAUAUAAUAUAAUUCAUAAACAAGCAGAUAUA